GCCUUUCAACCUUAACAAGAAAGCAAUAGCAAACAACAUAUUGCCAAGAAAUCUACAGGGGCUUCUCCAAGCAAUUGUUAGGACUCAACAAUUACCUGAAGGCAUAAAGAAAAAAUAGAGGAGAAAGCUGAUUAAACAAUCAGCUAUUUGCCUCUCCAGUCCUUGGACAGAGAAGCAACUUCAUUAAUUCUUACAUGCUUUAUAUUUACAGUCCAAUUUAAACCAGUCUAGUUUCUGAUUUUUGCUGUUGCAAGGCUAAACAUUGGUUACUGUGGGGAAAAAAUCCACCCAAUUACUUUGAUUUGAAUGAGGUAUCACUUGUAGAUGCAAUAUGAAGCUUAUCUAGACUGCAGUAAAGGCUGAGCAUCUAUUCUCUUUUCUGAGAACCUUUCUGAACUUUUCUGUUUUCUUUGCUGAACUUGGUAUGUAUAAUUCUGCAUGAUAGUCUUGUUUCAGGAUGAAUUACAUGUAUGCGAAACUGUCCAUUGCUCCUUCCCCUCACACAUCUUCCUCUUAUUAUUUCUUUCAGUUUAAUUUAUUAACUCAUAAAAAUGAAACUAUUGGUUAUUUUUGUUACAUCACCAUGAACUGAUGUUUUUCCUAAGGCUUGGCUGAAGAAGCACUGUCUAAAGCCAGUGGACAAUUAAGUGUUCUUUUGGGAGUUCUUUAAUAGAGUUGUCUUUCUAAUGAAUGACCUAUGAAUGAUGGAGCAAUUGGCACAAUGGCUCAUUAAGGCAGCUCAACAUCAUCUUAGAACGGGAAAGGAGAAAAGAUUAUCAUCUUCAGCCUUCUUGAAUGUAGCUGGGGUGGUACUGGUAGUAACAACUGGUUUGAAACCAGCUUUUCUAUAUGAUUACAAUUCUUCUGGGAUUUCUCAGAUCCUGAACUAUGUUCAAUAUCUUACCCCUCAACUUACAUGUUGGCUGCAUAUUCUUAAUAUAGCUGAAAAUGUUCUAAUAAUAAACUUGGAGUUGAUGUGUUUGUGUAUGGAGUCAGUCCUGCUUAGCAAUAAUGUCUUCUUCAUUGAUGUUUCUGCUUUUAGAUCCCGUCCUACCUUUCUACCCAGAAAAGGUGAACCUUAUAAAAACCAUCUGUUAGAGAUAUUGAAUCAUAUUAAAGUAUUAACAGAAGAUACGUCCCAAAUAAUAUCUUCAAGUGAACUCUUUCUGACUGAAUGGAAUCUUUGUACUCUAUUUGGUGUAUUGCUAGGGUAUCCACCAUCCUAUAAUUUUCCUACUCAGAAGAGUUCUGAUAAUUGUCUUACACUAAUUCCACUGAAAGUAUUUACUGUUUGAGCCACAUUUUGUAUGGUAAAUAGUGAUUUCAUAGUUCAGUUUUAUUCUUUCAGCAUCCCAGAACUCUUGUAUCCAGACAUGAACAUGAACCUCAGCACAUGGUGUGAAAAACUUGCAGAUGCUUUUAAAGCUCAAAAAGAAUUUGCUGAUCUCUGCAUUGCAAGUGAGGUGGUUGCUCUAUCAGCAGUGGCCUUGUAAAUAUGAAUCCCAGUUUAGAGACAGUUAACACUGUUUGUCCACAGUAUUCUACUGAUUUGUUUAAAAGCUUCAGAACAGGGCAGUUUGGA